GAUAGGAGCAGCUAAAGGGGCCUGGUGGUCACUUUGCCCUCAGAGAAGCAAGGAGCACCCUCAGCGCCCUCUGGGAAGAGGGGACAGACCCUUUCGGUCGAGAGCCAUCAUGUCCACGAGUGGUUUUACCUUCAAGGACAGGUGUGUGUCCGUGCUCUGCUGCAGAUUCUGCCAGCAGGUGCUGAGCUCGCGGGGGAUGAAGGCCGUGCUGCUGGCAAACACAGAGAUCGACCUGUACUCCACCGACAUCCCACCCACCAGUACUGUUGACUUCAUUGGAAGCUGCUAUUUCACUGACAUCUGCAAAUGCAAACUGAAGAACAUUGCAUGUUUAAAAUGUGGCAAUGUUGUAGGUUACCAUGUGAUUGCUCCAUGCAAACCUUGCCUGCUGUCCUGUAACAAUGGCCAUUUCUGGAUGUUUCACAGCUAAGCAGUCUUUGGUAUAAACAGACUAGACUCUUCUGGUGUGAAUUUACUGCUUUGGGGCAAUUUACCAGAUUUGGAUGAAAGCACUGAUGAAGACCUGUCCGGCAUCUCUGAGGAAGAGUAUAUCAGAUAAAUAUUAUCAGCAGUGUAUUCCCUUGUUACCUUGUAUUGCAGCUUUCUUCCCACUGUCUUAAUGUACAAACUCAAGCAAUACAGUAAACGAGAAGGCUGGCAAACUGUUUUUCAAAAAGGGUAUAAGCUGUCUUAGUCCAAUGUAACAUGCCUUAUAAGAAUCCCUCUUAGCUUUAAAAUGCACCUAUCUGGAAAAUGAAUGACAUACAGGUGGCCGCUACCUCUGGUUUUAGGGCUAUUUUGUUCUUAUAGUUCUAAGUCUUAACAGCUGCAGGUAAGGAAAACACAGGCUUUGACACUUCUACAAGUACCAGCUGCUGCCUGUUUUUCCUUCCUAAAUAACAGCUCGGUUGUGGAUCAAAAGUCUUGGUAUCACUGAAAGGAAUUUAAUUUUUACCUUUAGGCUAGUGCUAUUGAGGAAUAGUUACUCUGGGUGAGCUGUGACAUUAAGAAGAGAAUUCUGUGGGCUCCAGUUAUGCCUCCUUCUGGACUCUGCCUUUUCUCUCUUCCCAUUCCAUCCAUAGCCAAGAAGGUGGUAUAUGCACAGGCUCCUUUGAGGCCACAGUCAAAGCUGUCGAAAGAGUGGUCUAGCAGGGAUUGCUGAAACUGUACAGCCAUCUGUCUUCAUCCUGCUUUGGAGUUGUUUGCUUUUGAAACCCCUAGAGAGAUGAGCAUUGGGAUGCUCCUGAACCUGGGUCUCUCACCUGAGUUUCAGAGUGUACUAAGUACUCAGUUCUGCUAAAACCUCAACUGCAUAAGAAAUUUAUAGAGCGAGUUUUGCUGCCAGUGAACAGAAUGGCAGACAAAUGGUAAAUAAGGAAGUGUGCUGGGAACUGCCACACUUCCCUGCUUUAACUGGAAAUGAAUCAUGUUCAAUGAAAUAUUAGCAUAACUAUUCUUAAGAAAUGUUAAACAGGUGAUAGAAACUCCUCUUGCUCUGUAGAAGUCUCCCUAUUGCAGUGAAAAACUGAAAGAGGGAGAAAAGGCAUAGUUUCCAAGCAAAAUAAUAUGUAAUUAUGUUUGUAUAUUUUGUCAGUAUUAAAUGAGAGGAGCAGUAAGUAUGACGCUGGAGUAGCAUGUGUGACAAGUUUAGGGCCAGAUUCAAUAAAAUCUCCAUCUGGCUCUUGUGCUGAUGGAAGGUGGGUAACCCCAUAGAGUCGGUGGUGGAAGGUGGAAAGGAGGCAGCCAGACAUGGUUUGGAGUGAAAUCUGGCUUCAAGAGUACUGUUCUGCUUGCAGCUACAAAAUUAACUGCUUCAGCAAGUUUACGUUCUCAGAUGAAAAGUUUUCUUGUUUCUAAGGCUAGGAGGUUCUAAGAGAAUAACUUUGUAAGGAAAAAACAUCUGACCAACAACUUUUAGAAAGAUAGACAUUUACUUCAGAACAGAAAUAUUUAAUGGGAAGAUUUCUGAAGUGACUUAUUUUACAUUUAUGUAAAGAGGGCUCUAGCUAGAUGGUGCUUUAUAUGCCAAUUACAGACAUAUGCAUUUCUGAAAAUCUCAUCUGGACUUACUAGAAGUAUCAUCAAUAGUGGGGCAUAAGAACAGCCAUACUGC